GCGAACGGAAACCGAGGGUGAUCUGCUCGGAUUCCUCUUCAGAUCGGUACGGCCCGGUCAUCGCCAACUGAUCGUGCAGGAGCUAAUGGUCCCCCUUGCGCAGCUGGCCGACGAUCUCCCACUUGAGAUCGUCUCGCAGAGCGACAACAACCCAGUCCCACACGUUCUCACGCGGACCUUGGCGCCAUAUCUCCAGUGGUCGGCGUGCUUGGAGGAACCGGGAAGCGGCCGCAACCCACCGUCACGGCGCGGCUAUCUGGACCCGCACGAAAUAGCCGAUCUCGCCUUCUUUCAGGAUCGAACGGCCUCCGAGAACGAGGAGGAAGAGAUAGAAGCAAAAGAAGAAACCUCGGAAGAAGAAGAAGCCAAAGAAGAGGCCGAUGAGGAAGAAACUCCCGAAGAGGGGAGUUACAGUGAGCACAGCGAAGGCGAGCAAAGUGAGGAGGAGGAGGAAGAAGAACAAGGCGACGAAGAAGAAGAAGAUCAGGAGGAGCUGGAAGAGUCGGAGUGGGAAGGAUUCGAGGAGAAAGUGCGGGCGCAGGCCCAGGCGGAGAAGAGGGAAGAGAUCGGGGCCGAGAAGCGACAGUUGGAAUUCGCCAGCGCAGCCAGUCAUGCUAGAUUGUGCUUAGACGGGCCAGGAGGAGCAGGAGGGCCAACUGCAGCGGGACUGAAGAUGACGGGGAUCAGAGUGGCAGCCUAUUGCUUCGCGGCGGCCUUCUGUGGCUACAUGGUAGGGAAGUCGCUUCCAGAUCUUUUCAGGAAGAGACUACGAAUCGACUUUCGUGUCUCCCACAAUGUGAAUGACUCGAUUGAUUUGCGUUCUGAUUCGCAGAACCUGCUCCCGAUUCAUCAUUAUGAGACCUCAACGACGGCAACCUUCACCUCGACUAUCACGACGAAGACUGUGACAACGACCAGUGGCAAUGGUAAGAGCAAGCUGGCGGCGGUGCCGGCAGAGGUAGAAGGAGGAGGAGGAGGAGGAGGAGGAGGAGGGCUUAAUCGGCAAGAGCUUGAGGGCGCCGUGAAAAAUGCGAAGCUGGGAAGGGAGAUGAACCCUGCUGUGCCUGACGACGCCAGGUCUGUUACUACCCUAGAGCGAUCUGCGAGAGGCGGUUGUGAACACUUCUCGUGCUCUCCGAUUAUUGCCUCGGGACCGUCUUCUGACAGCCCGUCAGCGAAGAACGAGAUGUUCGGUGCGGGGAACAGGGCAGGAUCGGAGUCGCGGUCUGUGUGGAAGGGAAGUGGCUCGCCGGCAAUCAGGAAACAGAGGCGGGAUAAGCUGUUGCUGUCGAGAAGAUCGCUUCGCGUUAUCAACGUCUCGUAUCUUCGUCACUUGAAACAGAAGAUUAGUGAAGCUCAGAUGUCAUACGAUUUGCUUAGAGAUCAGCUGGAAGAGACCCAAGAAGCCCUCGAAGUUCAGUCGGAUGCAUACCUCGAAAUGCAGUCCAUUUGUAAACAAAGAACAGACGACCUUGUAGAGUGCCAACAACGGCUCGCCAAACAGGAUGUAGAAAUAUUUUUGCUCAAGUCUAACCAGAAGCUGUUAAAGCUGAAGGAGCAGUGCCUUUGGGCAGAGGAAAGCCCAUGUAUGUUUGAUAUUGCUUAUCCAUCAUACAUUCCCCCUGCUGUAGUUAUUGAUUUUGGAGAAGAGCGUGAAGUGCACCCUGUUCCAUCGUCCACAGAAGAUACAUUCACCUCACAGUCAUGGCAGGAACGUUUUAAGCCUUCCAGUUCGGUUGGCUCAUCGUAGUAUUACAAUAAUUACGGCAGAAGCAUGUUCGUAAAAUACCAGAGUAUUUGCUCUUCGGGUGCCUGACCUCCUCAAUCUUGGCUGUUCAAGCCAUGUGUCGUUGCUCGAAUCGGCAGGCAAAACCAUUGGGCCUGUCUGCUGUCAUAGUGUUGCCUGAUAACUCUCCAAAAUGUUGGUGGCGGAGACGGGGGAUUUGGAACAUAUCUCAUAGCAUUGACGUUUUACUGAAUUGACGUUGGUUAGUGUGCCUCGGCCCUUCUGGCGUUCUUGAGGCUACACACACUUGUCGUCAUGGUUUAUAUGCUUAACCACAUGUGCAACGGCUUGAAGCAGCCUCUGGUUCGAGGAAGGCUAUAUCCCAUCAGCACCAUCAUUGAUGAAUUGAAAGAGGAAUACCUUCCCAGUGCAUUCACUCCAUUCCUGAUAAGUGAGUAUAUACUCGGGAACUACGAAGGACAUUGUCCUGUCUAGCCGAGACCCAUGUGGUGCUUUCCUGCUCAGCUGAGGGAGUAUGGAGGCCUUAUUCCUGCAAUGCCAAUGGAGCGAUUGCCACGUGUCGCUGCUGGACAAUAGAUCACAACGGAUCUUCUGCAGCAUAGAUAUGCGCUUUGCGCUCGAUUGCGCGGCCCUGUGAAUCGGAGGUGGUCACGCCUUGGUAUGUUACCUAGGGCUGUUGUUGCUGGCAUGUGAGUUUUGCUCGCAUAUUCUGCUCCAUGCAGAUUUCUGUGGUGGUCUUCCAGCUCAAAAAGAAGAACAUUAUGGUUUUCGGUUGCUUGUGGCCCUGAUGCGUAGAGGUCUUUGCUGUGGUGCUGCAUGGACCUCUAGUUCGGGUUCUUGUUGGCUUACUGACACGUGGUUGGCCUCUGUUGCAAGUAUUUGUGGCCUCCUACCUACUAGCAGGCGAGCAAUUUUGCUGUGUAUACUCUCUCAUUAGUGUUUGAGGCAGGUUUGUCUGAACCGAGCGUGUCUGAUUCUAUUCUAUAUAAAGACCUGGUUCUCACGCUUAUGGCACCUUUUUGUUUCUCUGCCUCUUCUACAGUAGGAAGAAUAUCACGAGUUUCAAAACGCCCUUCCUCGAGCAGGGGCGUGUCAUGUGGAAGGGCCGGUGUUUUACAGAGCAGGAAAUCCGUCAAAUUCAUUGACGGGUGUAGUCGUUGCACAAUUUCGGCUGUACAUGUGUGGAGGGAAGAGGUACUUAGAGAGUACUAUGGCAGCCUCUUAGUAGUCAAGGUCGAGGGAAAGUGAUGAGCUGCGGCAUGCACACAUGAUUGCCAAGAAAAGCAGAGUGCCAAGAAAAGCGAAGCAAGCUCUGCUAGAGCUUGUAGUCGACCAACGAGUGAAGGAAAAUGAGGGGUUAGACCUCUGACACGCAUGAUGGGGAUCGGACUCCCACGUUCGGAUUUCUUUCAUUGCUGGAUGGUAGUGUUUGAUCUUUUAUCCGGUUGGUAUCGCUAAGACGUAUGAGCCGGAUAAGCCCUGUGAAAUGUAUGUUAACACGUCCACCACUGGAUAUAGUGAGUCAGAGGAGCGAAUGGGAAGGACCCUUGGUCAAGUAGUGUGCAUGCCCACAUGCAGAAGCUAAGAUGGUGGAGAAGCAACCUGUGUGUAGAGAGAGAGAGAGAGAGAGAGAGAGAGAGAGAGAGAGAGAGUCAAGUGGUAAACAGAGUGGUUAUAUUUAUGAAAUUAUGGCAGCGGGAGGGAACACCAGAGCAAGUAGACGGUGUUAGUUCCCCAGAACCAUGCGGGUAAGGCUGUUGCGGAGGUACUGUUACAAGUUUUUGGCGACUGAUGUGAGAGCGCUGAUGAUUUUUAUAGCUUCGGCUGAAGGACUGCGAGCUGGUGGAAAAUGGGGAUGAGAGAGCUUGUGAUGAAGGAAGACUUGAUGCACGGAGGGUGGAGACGAAGAAGGCAUGAGAAGGUAGUGGUUGGAUACUUUCCCUGCGAUGAGGCAAUGGCCAAGUAUGGACACCGUGGCAUUUUGCCUCCUGGUGAGCAGGACGAGUGGAAGAGUGGCCCAAGUCAUUUGAGGGAGAGAUGGGAACGGUGAGCUACGCAGCUGGAGGACUUCGACGGCUUCUUGUGUAGGGAAGGGUCCGCUUUUGUGUUCCUUAUUUGUAUUCUUUUUCGAGAGUGAUUAGUAGCGCACGCAAGGCAGUACAUUGAUGAUCACAGUAUUAAGUUACUAACUUACUAUUAACCUUAACCUUCAUCUGAAUUUCAUCAUUCCUUUGAUUACGCAGAUGGUCCCUUACUUAUUCACAAUGGAGGAAAUUUGUGCGGAAGAGAGGGAACAGACUUUGGUACUUUACAAAAGAACGUUUAUUGCGUCGUAACGUUUGCUGACGAGUUUGUCAGGAUAAUACUUUGUCGUUCCGGUUCCUGAUGGGUACUUCAAAUAAAUGCGCACCAUAUCA